AAUUUAUAAAGUUCAGUUUCAAAUGUUUGUUGAAAGUAAGUCCAACACAAAAACACAUUAACACGUUUUUAAUAUGCACAGGACGUGGGCACGCGCUGAACAGUUCAGGUCUUGCAAGGAAAGCCAUGAAAUCUUUCCCAGGGAGCCGCCACAAGCUCGUCACAAUGAUUUUGUACCUUCAUUUGAUAAAGAACAACCAUCAAUUGGUUUAUUGUUGGGCUGGGAAUAUGGCCGCCUCUGGUUGAAGGAGCAUAAGGAAAGUAUGGAUAAAGAACUUAUUGAUGCGAAGCCAUAUUUUAUUGAGCCCGACUUUGGUUGGUGGGUAAGCAAGCGCACUACAGUCCUAGACCGUCGGCAGAUCUUUUUAAGGAAGAAACAGAAUCCACAUUUCAAGAACUGCAAUUUGUCUGCAUUUGCUAAAUCGAAAACCCAUCGAAAAAAACAUACAAGUAGUUCGAAUGCUAACAGUUCACCUGCUCCUGGCUCAGAGCAAGCUGGAUUAGUUGCUCCAGGAUUGGAUCUUGCUGGUUCGGUUUCAGAAGGAGCAGCUCGGAUGACCAACGCUGAGAAGAGGAAGAUAUGCAAAUGCAAGGACUGCAAGCAACGCCGCUGUGGAGGUCAGGAAAAAAAUAAACUUUUAACUGAAAUAAGGAAAUCCGUUCCGAUUCCUUGGUAUUGAAAUUGUUAUUGUUCGUAAAAAAGCUCAACAAUACGAUUAAGUGGGAUUAAAAUUAGGACACUUAGAUCUAUGAGAAAUCAAUGGCUUGUUCCUGAAGUAAAUAAUAUAAAUAUUUUAAUACAUG